GCGACACAGGGAGGUAUCAAUCGAGCGAGAUCUUGGCGUGAUGAUUGGAGGGGAGUAAUAGGAACAGGCGGGCUUUCUUGCAUUAAAUGUUUACCGUCUUGGAUUUUCUGCCGCUUCCGCUCGCUAUUUUUGCCUGAACUCCCCGCCAUUCAUUCCCUCUGAUCCAUUUAAAUUAGAUAGAUCCCACUACGCAAGCUUGUAUUUUAUAUCUCAUAGUAUCAGCCAUGGCGGACGUACAGAAGCAGAUGCAGGCUCUCUCAGAAGAGUUCCAGAAGCUACAGACCGAUAUGGACGGUUUGGUCGAAGCUCGUCAGAAGCUCGAAUCGCAACAACAAGAAAAUGAAGGUGUCCAAAAAGAGUUCAACUCAUUGGACGACGACGCGAAUAUCUACAAGCUCAUCGGGCCGGUCCUGUUGAAGCAAGAGAAGAACGAGGCCCUUAUGGCUGUCAAUGGACGUCUCGAGUUCAUCGAGAAGGAGAUUAAACGGAUUGAGGGACAAAUUAAGGAGAACCAGGACAAGAGCGAGAAAAUGCGAGCAGAGAUGCUCCAAUACCAGAGCCAAAUGCAGCAGCAAACGGCUGCUGCAUCCGCCUCCGCUUGAACUUGAACAUAUGCUUGACCCAUCUCACAGCAUGGAGCCUUCAGUGCUUCUCGCCUAAUGCGCAGAACCAAGCUCAC